CCCCUCGCAAUAAGGUUGUUCUCUUAUUACUAUCACAGCCCAGCGGCCUACGAGUACCCGCACCCUGCCCCUGCGCCGCGGCAAAGCUGCGGCCCUCGUCGCCGGUGCCGGCGCCCCCACCGAGCCGCCGCCAUGCCCGCCGUCAAGUGGCUGAUGCACUGGCACCCGAGCCCCGGCGCGACGCUCAACAGCCAGAUCCUCGCGGAUGCGUGCGGCUGCGCGGAGUCACUAGGCGGGGCCAAGGACGGGCGCUGGAAGACCUCCAUCUUCUUCUACCGCGCCAUGACCCGCGACGGCGCGGGAGGCGCGGGGCAGCAGCAGCAGCAGCACCCCGACGUGCCCCGCGAGCUCCUCGGCGUCGCGCUCCACGAGCGCCCGGGACUCUACUUCUCCAUCGUCCGCGCCCAGCGCCUCGUCCUCCAGGCCGAUGCCGCGUUCCCCCAGGUCAUGGAGAAGCUCCAGUCCUACAAGGCCCGUGUCGCCCUCAAUUUCGAGGGGUUUCAGUAUCAACUGGGUGAUUUCUGCUUGAGGAUAGGAAAAUGUGUUCCUAACAAUUCUGAAGCACUGAGAGGAAUCAUGAUGGAGGUAGAAUAUUAUCCCCUAUCUUCCAUCGAAAAAUCCAGGGCAAUCAUGGAAGACUUCUUUGACAUAUGGCAGGAAACAGUUGCGAAGAAGUCAUUACCUGGUCGUUUCAUUCAUGUAGAAUCAAUCUUUUCGGAGUAUGGUCUUUCAGAUCAAUAUUCUUUCCAACACACUGCAGUUCAGUAUGCAACUUGCUUGCAACAACUCAUGGCUGCAGUAAGGGGCUAGAUCUGAAGAUCAAACUUUAGACAGCAUCACCAUGUUUACUUUUUUAAGUUAAUCCUGAUAGCGUUCAUAGUGCCUGGACAUGUAUCUUAUGUAAUUACAUGCAAGUGGUUUGUACUUUCAUUUUCUUCCAUUUAAGUUGUCCCCCUGCAAGGAAUUGGCAAGUUGCAAUGAUCAUGAAUGGCAGUUGUCACCUGUUUUCGUGAACUGCAGUUUUAAUAUAUGCUCGAUGGCUUGCCACUGUCGAGGUACAAAUCACAAACUGAACAACUGAUGUCAUUAAUUAUUUAGAGGUGGAUAUCCAUUCCGAUUCGAUCGUCUAGCUUGCGAUGAAAGGUUGGGGAAGCUUUACCAUUUUCUGUCUACUGGAGUGUAGUUCGGUGAUCUUGGGCUGGUAAUUUGAGGCGAUCUUAGAUAUGUUGGCCAUUGUGGUUUUGCUGUUUUGACAAUGUUGGUGUGCUAGUGAUGUAUGUCCCAAUUGGACUAGUGUUUGUAGACAAACACCCCCUUAAUGAUCUUUGUACCAGGAGCACGUUCUUCUGGAUUCCCAA